AUGGUCGAUAAAUAUGGCAAAAAACAGGGGAGAUCAUGGUUGUUAAACUUGAAUAAAAGCAACACGUCUCUUGACUCACUGGGUUCAGCUGUUUCAUCACAAUCAGUUAACGGGGGAAUUUUGGCUAUUCAGGUCAAGAUGAAUAUCUUGCGGUUUUCAGGCUUCGUCUGGCAAGAGAGUGAUGAAAAGCAAAAACUGAAAGUGAAAGAAAAGCUUGACAAGUAUAAUAAAGAGAAGUUCUUGGAAUUUUGUGAUCUGUUUGACAUGCCAAUUGGAAAGACUUCUGCAAAGAAGGAAGAUGUUGUCAUAAAGCUAAUAGAUUUUAUGUUGAAGCCUCAUGUCACAAACAAAACUGAGGAUUGGUUCAUUGAUUCCCGUGAGGAAUGGAGAAAAGUCAAUCACCUUGAUAAGUUUAUUUUUCUUGGGCAUUCUUUAGGAGGAUAUGUUGUAUCUAAAUAUGCCUUGAAGCAUCCUGAGCAUGUACACCAUCUUGUUUUGGUGGGACCUGCUGGAUUUACCUUAGAAGUUGACCAUAAAUCAGAAUGGCUUACAAAAUCCAGGACAACAUGGAAAGGAGCUGUUAUGAUGCAUUUAUGGGAAUCUAAUUUUACUCCUAUGAAAGUACUCAGCCUUGAUGUGUGGAAUUUUAUGAUGGAGCUCAUGAUACACAAAGUUACUGCCUUGGCCAUACAUAAGCCUAUGAGUGCCAUGAUGCAUCAUGCUGGACAUAGAUUUCAUGAAGUGUUUCAGAUGAAACAUGGUGACUAUUCUGAUCUUCCUGCAACAAAAAUCUCAGAGUUGAUGAUAUGUAACAGUUUGGAUGUGAUUUCCUUAAUGCUUGUUGUCCCUUGUGAACUCAUCAAUAUUCACAUUUUACACUUGUAUAAUUUUAGAAUCUUUUAUUGUACAUAUUGCCCCUACAUAGUCGCUUCUAAGCAUAGUAAUGGGAUUCUAGACGAAAGCAUCAGUAGUAUGAGUAGUGAAAUACCUCAUGUAUGCAUGUUGUUACAGAAAAGUUUCUUCUUUCUGUAA